CUCGAACAAGCUGGGCCCACGGGAUGCUGUUGCUGCUGGGCCGGGAACCGCGCUUUGAGAACGCGGGCUCUGCUGAGUGAUUCCCAAACGUCAUUGGCUUCGGUGGCCCUGCCCUGGAGGCCCUGGGUCAGUAUAUUUGAGUCCCGACAGCUGCAUGUUAAAUAGGAGCCAGGUGGUCCCCAAACAAGUGAUCUAAAGACAAAUCUGUGCAAAACCACGCGCUGGACACGUGUGGGGCUGUGGUAUAUCGACCCCUUCCCCUCGGCAGACGUCACCACCGCCAGUACUCAACCUCACCUCCUACGUCACAGAGAAACUGGGGGCCCCCUGACGUGCACCGUCUUCACCAUCUCACAAAAACGAGAUUCUUCCCCCAAAGAGCCUGUCCACCGAGAUGCCUAUCCUAUUCCUUAGGCCGGCUUGGAACACCUGCCCGAUCAGGAAAACAUGACCCUUCAGUCUUUGCUUCUAACCUGCCUUUUCCUGCUGAUCUCUGAUUCCCGUGAGUUCUUCACUGAAGCAAAUUAUUCUAGAAGCUAUCCUUGCGACGAGAAAAGACAAAAUGGCUCUAUUAUUGCACAGUGCAAUGACCGUCGACUGCGAGAAGUUCCCCAAACAGUGAGCAAAUAUGUGACAGCACUAGACCUGUCUUAUAAUUUCAUCACACACAUAACAAACGAAUCAUUUCAAGGGCUGCAAAAUCUUACUAGAAUAAAUCUAAACCACAAUGCCAAUCAACAGCACCUGAAUGAAAACCCUGAUAUAAACAGAAGUGGCAUGAAUAUUACAGAUGGGGCAUUCCUCAACCUACAAAAUCUAAACCAGCUACUGCUUGAAGACAACCAGUUAGACCAAAUACCUGCUGGUUUGCCGGGGUCUUUGAGGGAACUUAGUCUAAUUCAAAACAACAUAAUUUGGGUAGCUAAAAAGAAUACUUCUGGACUUACGAAUCUGCAAAGACUCUAUUUGAGCUGGAACUGCUAUUUUGGUAAUAAUUGUAAUAACAAAACUUUCGACAUAGAAGAUGGGACGUUUGAAAGUCUUACAAAUUUGCAGGUGCUGUCACUGUCUUUUAAUAAACUUGUCCAUGUGCCACCUAAACUGCCAAACUCCCUAACAGAACUUUACCUUAGCAAUGCCAAGAUUAAAGUCAUCAGUCAGGAAGACUUCAAGGGAUUGACAAACUUAAGAGUGCUAGAUUUAAGCGGGAACUGUCCAAGGUGUUUCAACGCGCCAUUUCCCUGUACACCUUGUGAAGGAGGCUCUUCAAUUCAGAUCCAUCCUCUUGCUUUCCAAACGCUGACGGAACUUCGCUACCUAAACCUCUCUAGCACUUCCCUCCAGAAGAUUCCUGCAAUGUGGUUUCAAAGUAUGCAUAAUCUGAAGGUGCUACAUCUGGAAUUCAACUACUUAGUUGACGAAAUAGCCUCUGGGGAAUUUUUAACGAAACUGCCCUCCUUAGAAAUUCUUGACCUAUCUUACAACUAUGUAAAGGCGAAAUAUCCAAGAUAUAUUAACAUUUCUCAAAACUUCUCUCAUCUGAAGUUGCUCCAGACAUUGCACUUGAGAGGUUAUGUGUUCCAGGAACUUAGAGCAGAAGAUUUCCAGCCCCUCAUGAAUCUCUCAAACUUAAAGACUAUCAACUUGGGCAUUAACUUUAUUAAGCAAAUUAAUUUUACCCUUUUCCAAAAUUUCUCCAACCUGAGCAUCAUUUACUUGUCAGAAAACAGAAUAUCACCCUUGGUAAAUGAUAUCAAGCAAAACGAUAUGAGUGGUUCCUCUUUUCAAAGUCAUAUCCGUAGGCUACGCUCAGCAGAUACUGAGUUUGACCCACAUUCAAAUUUUUAUCAUAACACCAACCCUUUAAUAAAGCCACAGUGUACAGUUUAUGGCAAAGCCUUAGAUUUAAGCCUGAACAGUAUUUUCUUUAUUGGGCGAGAGCAAUUCAAAGCUUUUCAUGACAUUGCCUGCUUAAAUCUGUCUUCUAAUGGCAACGGCCAAGUGUUGCACGGGACUGAAUUUUCAGCUGUACCUCACAUCAAAUAUUUGGAUUUGACAAACAAUAGACUGGACUUUGAUGAUGAUAAUGCUCUCAGUGACCUGCCAGAGUUAGAGGUUCUAGAUCUCAGCUACAACGCACACUAUUUCCGAAUAGCAGGGGUAACGCACCGCUUAGGAUUUAUUCAAAAUUUAACACAACUGAAAGUUUUAAACUUGAGCCACAACAGCAUUUAUACUUUAACGGAGCAAGACCUGAGAAGCAUGUCCCUGAAAGAGUUAGUUUUCAGUGGAAACCGCCUUGACAUUUUGUGGAACGCCGAAGGUGACAAGUACUGGAAAAUUUUUACAAAUCUCGGGAAUCUGACAUGGCUUGAUUUGUCCUCAAAUAACCUUAGGCACAUCCCGAACGAAGCUUUCCUUAACUUGCCCCAGAGCCUCACCAAACUAUACAUAAGAGAUAAUGUGUUAAAUUCCUUUAACUGGACACUGCUCCAGCUGUUUCCUCAUCUCCAGUUGCUCGACUUAAGUGGAAACAGGCUGUCCUCUUUGACCAACAGCCUCUCUAAAUUCACGCCUUCUCUUCGCACGCUGCUACUGCGUCGAAACAGGAUUUCCCACCUGCCCUCCAACUUUCUUUCUGAAGCCAGCAGCCUGAUACACCUCGAUUUAAGUUCCAACCUGCUGAAGAUGAUCAACAAAUCCACACUUCAAACCAAGACCGCCACCAACCUAACCAUUUUGGAACUAGGUAGGAACCCUUUUGACUGUACCUGUGACAUUGGAGAUUUUCGAAGAUGGAUGGAUGAAAAUCUGGAUGUCACCAUUCCUAGAUUGGCAGACGUCAUUUGCUCUAGCCCGGGGGAUCAAAGAGGGAAGAGCAUCGUGAGUCUAGAGCUAACGACUUGUGUUUCAGACACCAUUGCGGCGAUACUGUGUUUCUUCACGUUCUUUAUCACCAUCACGGUUAUGUUGGCUGCCCUGGGUCACCAUUGGUUUUACUGGGAUGUUUGGUUUAUCUAUCAUGUGUGUUUAGCUAAGAUAAAAGGCUACAGGUCUCUUUCCACAUCCCAAACUUUCUAUGAUGCCUACGUUUCUUAUGACACCAAAGACGCCUCUGUUACCGACUGGGUGAUAAAUGAGCUACGCUUCCACCUAGAAGAGAGCGAAGAAAAAAAUGUGCUCCUCUGUUUAGAGGAGAGGGACUGGGACCCGGGCUUAGCCAUCAUCGAUAACCUCAUCCAGAGCAUAAACCAAAGCAAGAAAACAAUAUUUGUCUUAACCAAAAAAUAUGCCAAAAACUGGAACUUUAAAACGGCAUUCUACUUGGCCUUGCAGAGGCUAAUGGAUGAGAAUAUGGAUGUGAUUAUAUUUAUUCUGCUGGAGCCAGUGCUACAGAAUUCUCAGUAUCUGAGGCUGCGCCAAAGGAUCUGCAAGAGCUCCAUCCUUCAAUGGCCUGACAACCCCAAGGCAGAAGGCUUGUUUUGGCAAAGUCUGAAGAACGUGGUCUUAACUGAAAAUGAUUCACGGUAUAACAAUCUGUAUGUUGAUUCCAUUAAACAAUACUAACUGAUGUUAAGUCAUGGUUCACCAACAUAAUAAAAAUGGAAACCAAUUA